CAUUUCGGUGGCCUCUGGGAGGCCGGUGUGAAGUCGGCAAAAAGACUUCUUUUCAAAAUGUUGGGCACAACUGCCUGUACAUUUGAGGAAUUGGCAACAAUUUUUGCUCGUAUUGAAGCUGUACUAAACAGUAGACCGAUAUGUCCAUUAUCUACAGACCCCUCUGAGUCUGUCGAUUUUCUUACUCCAGGACAUUUCCUGAUAGGUGCCCCCCUCUUAUCUAGUCCCGAGUUGUCCUAUGACGAGUUCAAAACUCCUCUCAAUCGUUGGGAACAACAUAAAAAAUUAUUCCAACAGUUUUGGAAAAAGUGGUCAAGUGACUAUUUACAUACCAUGCUUCAACGCAAUAAGUGGCAUUCAGAAAAUGUUUGUCCAUCUAAAGGAGAUUUAGUACUUAUAAAGGGCGUUGAAUCAAGUCCUGCCACUUGGCCUAUCGGGCGUAUAUUGAAAUUAUAUCCAGGACCUGAUGGUAUAAUUCGUGUAGCAUCUGUUAAGACCGCAACUGGUCAAUAUACGAGAGCGCUGACAAAAUUGGUGCCACUCAACCUUUAAGGUAAUAAGGUAUUUAAUUUCAUCGUUUCCAUUAUUUCUUCUUGUAUGUCGUUUGUCUGUAAAAUUAGGUAACUUUUA